ACGGGACACUCUCACCGUUUUCCCCAUUAGUAGGAACGACCUUAAGGUUAUAGGGGGGUUUGCUGGGCUGGGGCGGCGGCGGCGACUGAUUUGCGGUGUGGGCGGCGGUAAGUGGACGCGGAACGGCGGCUACAGCGGGCCACGGCGUUCACGAGGUUUGGCGGCGCCCACGGGUAAGUGUGUCCCUCUCCCCUCUUGGCACGGCCGGGUCUCGUGUUGUCGAAAACCGGCUUUUCACACUGCGUGCUCGGGUCUUCUUGUGGAGAGCCAUGGGGGACCAAAUCUCGCCUGCCUCCUGAGUGGGACAUUGGCGUGAGUGGGCAUGAAUGCAGAGUCACUGCCCGUGGGACGUGCCGCAACCGCACGAACGGUUUGAACUGUGAUGGUUUGCUCUUGGGACAACCGUGAGAAUGUGCUGUACCUCAGGAUUUUAGGCCAUGGCUGGGGCUGGUCAGCGUUAACACCGUCAUGUGUACAUGCCUUGCUGGAUCGUCAGUUUAGUUCGGCAUGUCAAGUGAGAGAAAAAAACAGACAUAUCCUUCCUCUCCGGUGUGCGUGUGUACACACGCCACUCUACCUCGUUCCAAUGAUCCAACAUAAGGAUCUUUCCGGCGGGCGGGCGCAUGAUUGUUGCAUACACGAUGCGGCACAUGUCCUUCGGCCUGCCUGCCAUUCUGCCCCGUGUGUCCCUCUGUCUGAAGCUGACAUGGGACCGACCGGUCCCGUUCAGUAUGCCUUUCCGUCUUUGUCUCUUGUCUCUGUCCAUCUGCUCCCCCUUUUCCAAUCCCUGUGUUCAAGACUAGCCGGAGCCAUGGCCUGUUGUUGUCUGCCCGCAUAUGUUUCCUCCUUGCGCGACGAGCACGACUGCUGGGGCCCUCUGAGCGGGUGUUCAAUUGCACAGGCAACUUACACAGGAAAUUCACGGACGUCGGGCCUUGUUGGCAUCGCAUACGUGAGUGGCGUGUGCCGAACCAGGCAGAGAUUUGCAUUCGCGCGCGCGUAAACAUCUCCAUCUGAAUCAAGCAUUGUGGGUAUCAUUCAUGGGCU